CCUGCAUGGUUCCCGGGAGCCGUAAAGAGGGUGUGUGAGUGUCGGAAGAGCUGUCGGAAUGCAGCAGGCAAGAGGAGCAGUAGGAGGCCGUGGCUGCGCUCUCUUUCCACUCCUGAGCAUCCUAGUCGUCCAGGGCGUGCGUGUCGUCCUCCCCUUGGAGAUAAGUGCAGAUGCUCAUGUCCGAGGAUAUGUGGGAGAGAAGAUCAAGUUGAAAUGCACCUUCAAGUCAUCUUCAGAAGUCACUGACAAACUGACCAUAGACUGGACAUACCGCGCUCCCAGCAGCAGUCGCACAGAGUCCAUCUUUCAUUAUCAGUCUUUCCAGUAUCCGACUACAGCGGGGACAUUCCGAGACCGGAUCUCCUGGGCCGGAAAUGUCUACAAAGGGGACGCAUCCAUCAGCAUCAGCAACCCCACUCUGAAGGACAAUGGGACGUUUAGCUGUGCUGUGAAGAACCCUCCAGACGUGUACCACAAUAUCCCCCAGACAGAGCUCACGGUCACAGAGAGGGUACUGACCAGGAGGACAGCAAUGACUGCAUGGCGAGACUUUGUGUCCGCUGUGCGGAGUGUCUGGAUUCAGACUAUGAAGAGGCGUACUGAUGAAGUGUGUGAGAUGCACGAAGUGUUACCUAGCAACAGGAAAUAUCCCAUUCCCCUGUCCAGAAGCACCAUUGGUGGGGACAGCAGUGACAGAAGAUUCUGAAGGUCAUCAGUGAAGACCUUAAGGACCACUUAUUUAUUGAAGAAAUGUUUAUUUUGUAUUUAUAAACUGUUCAGAGACCCCAGGAAGGGACUCAUAACUUCCCUUCUUUAUAUACGCUAAUUGAACAAUGAAAUUCUUGAACAGAAGAAACACAGUGCUUGGUUUACCUUCACUCUUGAAUGUAGUUCAUGGUUUCUUCCAUCUGCCUAAAGGAGCAUAAAUGUCUGUCACUCUGCUGAUGCCAAAAUUGUGCUUUUUUAAUGAUGUGGAACUUGUAGCUUCCUGAUGAUGUGCCAAUGAACAACAAGCCCAUUUGGGAUGGGUAGCCUUUGUUUCUUCUCCACGGAUGUUCUCCGGUCAGCAUUUAGUAUGCACUCCUUGGUUUAAUGGUCAUCAGCUGCAUUUAGGUGACACGGAGUAUUUGACCCCGAUUUCUUUUGAAUCAGUGGGUUUGCAAGUUGUAGGCUUGCUUGGACUGGGUUUUUAAAGUAUUAAAGUAUUGUCAAACUUAUAGUUAAGGAAACAAUUUUUGAUGUAGAAGAAUGUAGAAGAAUCUUUCUCAUUUGUCUUGCUAGCUAUACUUUGGGCCACAGAAUCUUUCUUAUUUUGUGUUCCUGUAGCUGACUAAUUUGUGGUUUCCUUCUUGGUUUUUUAAGUUAGAGGCAAGAAAUGCCUCUUACGGUUUUUAGUGGUGACUUAGAAAAUAUUUUUUGUAGUCCUUUGCUUUGGGUCUUUUCACUUUUCUAGUGUUGUUUAGAACUUUGCUUGGUUCUAAAUUGCAGCAGAAGUGGGUAUUAUAUCUGCACUGGUUUGCUCAAUACUAGAGAUGAGGAACUGAGGUUGUGCAGGACAUCUUCCCUUUCUUCACUCAGUGCCUUGUAACCCACACCUCUCCUCUCCUCUAGCAACUUAUUUGCUAUUUUAAUUUACACUGGGUUUUCUGCAAACCACCAAGACUCACCUGACUUACCAGAAGGACUAGCAUGCGUGCAAACAGCGCUCUCCAGAGUCACUAAUGACCCCCUCCCCCAGCCUUGGUUGGUUCAAUAUGGUGGUCUUCUUCAUGGUUCUUCCCAAAGUAGCUUGGGAGACCUCCAUAUUACAGUGUUAUAUACUAUGUAUCUUAUAAAAGUCAUUCUAUUUACCACAAAGAUCUUAUGUUUGAAACUGGGAUUAUUAACUCUUUGUGAAAGAUGUGUUAAUCUAGCCUGCUGAUUCGUGAUUAUGAUUUACCUCUGGUCAUGGAAUCCCUUGGAAGAGGCAGAAGGGGGACUGGCAUUUUAUAUUUCUGGCUAUUAGAUUCCACAGUUCCCUGGGCUACUUGUUAAAGAUGUAGUUGUCUGUGACAAAUCCAGUGAGACCCUUUCUGAUGGUUCAGUGGAGAAAAGAAAACUUUCAGGCACCAAGCAUGAAUAAUUUGGGCACUUGCAGAUCUGAGGAGAGUGAUCCAGGUGGGAGUGGGGGGCGUGCUGUGGGCCUCACUGUUCUGACAGAGGCAUUGUAAAAACUCAUUUAAACCAUCCUUCUAUGACACUGAGGGACUAGUUUUAGUGUCUUAGGAUUUUCUUGCAAGUGUAUUGUGAGGUUUUAUCUAAGUCAGAGAUUGAUGAAUUUGGUGACUGAUCAAUGCCUGAUGGUAUGUGUAUAUACUGUUGUGUAGUCUGCUUUAAAAUGGUUCUUUCUCUUAGUGACAGAACAAUCAAGUUCUUCAUUGUUUUUUUGUUUGUUAUUUUUUGUUUGGUUGGUUUUGUUUGUUUGUUUUGGUUUUUCAAGACAGGGUUUCUCUGUGUAGCCCUGGCUGUUCUGGAAUUCACUCUGUAGACCAGACUGGCCUCAAACUCAGAAAUCCACCUGCCUCUGCCUCCCAGAGUGCUGGGAUUAAAGGCGUGCGCUACCACUGCCUGGCCAAGUCCUUCACUGUAAGGGAAUAAGUUAGUGAUUUUAUUUGCUCCAUGGGUUUGUGGUCACAUCCCAGGCUUAGGCCGCCUUCAGUUUCCUAUGCCAAGGUGUGAGAUACAGCUUCUUGAUCCUAAGGAAAACAAGCUGUCUGUGGAGCCCUCCUCCUUUCAGAGUGAGCAUAGAUAAAGGGUUUGUCUGACUUACUGUUUUAAUAUCUUCUGAGGUGACAUUCUCGUGCUUUUUUCUUUUCCUUUUUGCUGCUCUGUGGGCUCAAACCCCCUGACAGUAUAGCAUUUUCUGGAAAGAGGAUUUAAGCCUUUCAUUAUGGUUGUAUCACCUUCUGAGUUUUAUGCAGUGGACUCUGGAAACUAUUACAAAAUGUGAAUUUAUAAAGUACUUUGUUUUCCCACUGUGACCUGUUACUUCAGGCCACUUAAGGACAUCUUAGCAGUCUGCAGCUCCUGAGUUAGCAGUGGGACUUAAGAAGGAAACGUUGCCUACUUUACCCUCAUCCCGCUCAAGCGCAUGCGUGCGUGUGCACAUGCGUGCAUUUGUAUAUUUAACAACAGAAAACCUGGAGGCUGGAUCCUGAUCCGGAAUGUUCUCUUGUGUUGCUGGGCUCGUGUUCUGAAGAAGGACUCAAAGAAGAGCCACGGAGUGGACCAAUGCUCUUAUUUAAUUGCACAGCUCAAAACUUUGCUGCCGGAAGAGCCCACUCCGGUGUCGGCCUCCUCAUCGCUGUCUUCUCGCUGACUUUUAAAAUUAAGUUAAACUUUUGAUAUGCAGGAGAGUAUGAGCUGUGAGGCUUCGUGCACAGACAUUGUGACUCAUGGAAUCUUUACUCCACUGUAGUUAAUAAACUUCUUUGCACCUCGUG